UCUAAUCUCUUUUCCCCAAACCAAAGGUUACGAGCCGUCGGGGCAGAAGAUGGCGUCUUUGGGUUUGUCCGAAAUGCUGGGAACGCCCCUCAAGUUUGGUCGGGCCGCAAGAACGUCUCCUCCAUCGCCAUCGAGCCCUGCAACUUUUAGGACAGUUGCUUUUUUCUCCAGGAAGAAGGCUUCUCCCCCUCCCCCUCCCAAGUCCAAGACCGCUUCUGUCUCUGCUACUAGCGACGAGCUCGCUAAGUGGUACGGCCCUGACAGGAGGAUUUUCUUGCCGGACGGCCUCUUGGACAGAUCGGAGAUCCCUGAGUACUUGAAUGGUGAAGUAGCCGGAGACUAUGGUUAUGAUCCUUUUGGCCUCGGCAAGAAGCCAGAGAACUUUGCCAAAUACCAAGCCUACGAACUGAUCCACGCGAGAUGGGCAAUGCUGGGAGCAGCCGGCUUCAUCAUCCCCGAGGCAUUGAACAAAUAUGGCGCCAACUGUGGCCCUGAAGCCGUCUGGUUCAAGACUGGUGCUCUUCUCCUUGACGGAAACACACUGAAUUACUUCGGCAAGAACAUACCCAUCAACCUCAUCGUCGCUGUCGUUGCCGAGGUUGUUCUUGUCGGUGGUGCUGAGUACUACAGAAUCAUCAACGGCUUGGAUCUUGAGGACAAGCUUCAUCCAGGAGGGCCAUUCGACCCAUUGGGGCUUGCAAAGGACCCAGAACAAGCGGCUCUGCUCAAGGUGAAGGAGAUCAAGAAUGGCAGAUUGGCCAUGUUUUCCAUGCUUGGCUUCUUCUUACAAGCCUAUGUCACCGGAGAAGGUCCUGUGGAGAAUCUCGCUAAGCAUCUCAGCGACCCCUUUGGAAACAACUUGCUCACUGUCAUUGCUGGAACUGCUGAAAGAGCUCCCACCCUCUGAUUCCUCUCUCUCUCUCUCUCUCUCUCUCUCUCUGUACUUCAGUAUCUCAAUUUGCUGUACACCUUGUUGAUGAGAUUUUCUGUCACAUUGUCCAAACUUGAGAAUCUCCA